AUGCCCUUCAAAGAUCUGAAGGCCUUCACAGUGAUAGCCACCAUGAAUCCCAUGCGGCUCUCAGUGUUCUUUGUGCCCUUUGCAAUAAAAGGUCUCGCAAAUUCCAAGUCUGCAGCAGAGAGAUUCAAGAAAUUUUUCCUCCUGGAGAGCCCUGUUUUAUAUGUCCAGCCAUUGAAAGACCCCAGCAAUGCACUGGUUUUGGAGGAGGCCACCUUGUCAUGGCGAGACACCUGCCCUGGGAUUGUCAAUGGAGCCUUGGAGCUGGAGAAGAAGGGGCACAUUCCCGAGGGGGUGACCAGGACUCAGCCACCUCUAGGAGCCCUCAGGCCAGAGGACACAAAGGGCAGCCUAGCCCCAGAGUUGCACAAGUUAAACCUCGUGGUGUCAAAGGGGACCUUGUUGGGGGUCUGUGGCAACACUGGAAGUGGCAAGAGCAGCCUUUUGUCAGCCAUCCUGGGGGAGAUGCACUUGCUGGAGGGCUCAGUAGGGGUGCAUGGAAGCCUGGCUUAUGUCCCCCAGCAGGCCUGGAUCAUCAGGGCUAGCGUCAGGGAGAACAUCCUCAUGGGAGGCCAGUACGACAAGGCCCGGUACCUCCAGGUGCUCCAUUGCUGCUCCCUCAACCGGGACCUGGAAAUUCUGCCCUUUGGAGACAUGACAGAGAUUGGGGAGCAUGGCCUCAACCUCUCUGGGGGGCAGAAGCAGAGGAUCAGCCUGGCCCGCGCUGUCUACUCUGACCACGAGCUUUAUCUGCUGGACGACCCUCUAUCUGCUGUGGACACCCACGUGGGGAAGCACAUCUUUGAGGAGUGCAUUAAAAAGAUGCUUAGGGGGAAGACUGUCAUUCUGGUGACCCACCAGCUGCAGUAUUUAGCGUUUUGUGACCAGAUCGUUUUGCUAGAAGAUGGGAAAAUCUGUGAAAAAGGAAUUCAUAGUGAAUUAAUACAGAAAAAGGGACAAUACGCCCAACUCAUCCAGAACAUGCAGGGAGAAGCCACACAGGACCCACUGCAGGACACAGCAAAGACAGCAGAAGACUCUCAGGUGCAAGGGCAAGCCCAGACCACCUUCCAGGAAGAGUCUGUCUAUGAAAAUGCUGGUAAUGUGCUGGAAAAUCAGCUCACAAGGAAGGAGAAGAUGAAAGAAGGGUCCCUGAGAUGGAGUGUCUACCACCACUAUAUCCAGGCAACUGGAGGUUACAUGGCCUCUGCCAUUGUUGUCUUUCUCAUGAUGGGGAUUGUCUUCUUCACAGUCUUCAACUUCUGGUGGCUGAGCUAUUGGUUGCAGCAGGGCUCAGGGACCAAUAGCAGCCAAGAGAGCAAUGGAACAACAGCAGACCCAGGUGACAUACUGGACAACCCUCAGCUGCCAAUUUACCAACUGGUGUAUGGCCUCAGUGUGCUGUUGCUAAUCUGCACGGGCUUCUGCUUCUCGAAGGCCUUCACCAAACUCACGAGGAAAGCAUCCACCGCCCUGCACAGCAAACUCCUUAGCAAGGUUUUCUGCUGCCCCAUGAGCUUCUUUGACACAACCCCAACAGGCCGACUCCUGAACUGCUUUGCAGGGGACUUGGAUCAGCUGGACCAGUUAUUGCCCGUUGUUGCUGAAGAAUUCUUAGUCCUGUUUUUGAUGGUGGUCGCCAUCUUGUUGGUUGUCAGUGUGCUGUCUCCAUAUAUCCUGCUGAUGGGAAUCAUAUUAGUUACUGUUUGCCUUAUUUAUUAUAUGAAGUUUAAGAUGGCCAUCAACGUGUUCAAGAGACUGGAGAACUAUAGCCGUUCCCCUCUGCUCUCCCAUAUCCUCACUGCUCUGCAGGGCCUGAGCUCCAUCCAUGUCUAUGGAAAAACUGAAGACUUCAUCAGCAAGUUUAAGAGGCUGAGUGAUAUACAGAAUAACUACAUGCUGAUGUUCCUGUCUUCCUCGAGAUGGAUAGCACUGAGGCUGGAGACCAUGACCAACCUGCUGACCUUGACUGUGGCCUUGUUUGUGGCUUUUGGCAUUUCCUCUGCCCCAUAUUCCUAUAAAGCUAUGGCUAUCAGCCUCAUCCUGCAGCUGGCAUCCAACUUCCAGGCCACUGCCCGGGUUGGUUCAGAGACAGAGGCGUACUUCACUUCCGCAGAGAGGAUGCUGCAGUACAUGAAGAUGUGUGUCCCUGAGGCUCCUUUGCACAUAGAAGGCAUGAGCUGUCCCCCUGGGUGGCCACAGCAUGGAGAAAUCACAUUCCAGGAUUAUCAGAUGAAAUACAGAGACAACACACCCAUUAUCCUUAAUGGCAUCAAUCUGACAAUUCAUGGCCAAGAAGUGGUGGGCAUCGUGGGAAGGACAGGCUCUGGGAAGUCCUCCUUGGGAGUGGCUCUCUUCCGCCUGGUGGAGCCUGCAGCAGGCCGGAUUCUCAUAGAUGGUGUGGACAUCAGCAGUAUUGCCCUGGAGGACCUGCGGUCCAGGUUCUCAGUUGUCCCUCAAGAUCCUGUCCUGCUUUCAGGAACCAUCAGAUUCAACCUAGACCCCUUUGACCGCUACACAGAUGAGCAGAUCUGGGAUGUCUUGGAGAAGACAUUCCUGAGCAUGACAAUCUCAAAGUUACCCCAAGGACUGCAAGCAGAAGUUGUGGAAAGUGGCAGAAACUUCUCUGUGGGGGAGAGGCAGCUGCUCUGCAUUGCAAGAGCACUCCUUCGCAACUCCAAGAUCAUCCUUAUUGAUGAAGCCACAGCCUCCAUUGAUGUGGAAACCGAUACCCUGAUCCAGCACACAAUCCGGGAAGCCUUCCAGGGCUGCACAGUGCUGGUCAUUGCACACCGCAUCACCACUGUGCUCAAUUGUGACCGCAUCCUGGUCAUGAGCAACGGGAAGGUGAGACUUGAGUCCCUGGGGCAGUGGGAGGAUGGGUGCUCAGGCUAGCACCCCAAGGAGGCCUUUGGAUCCUUCAAGGCUGAGCUCAGUGGUGUCCCUCCCCUCUCCUCCUUUCUCACUCUCCCAGGUUGUAGAGUUUGACAGGCCUGAGGUCCUGCAGCAGAAGCCUGGGUCUGUGUUUGCUUCCCUGUUGGCAACAGCCAAUUCUUCACUGAGCUAAAGGGGACCGGUGACUGCGUGGAGGCUGAUGGCACAGCCAAGUGCAGCUGUGAGGCCUGCUGUCUAUGACCUUCUUGUGUAGAGAUGGCUACUUCUCUUGAA